CCCAACAUUCCAGUCAUGUGCUCCCUCUUUGAAUUUUUAUGAUCUUUCUUAUUGACUUGAUCCCCAGUAACAGCACUUCAUUAAAAGUAAAAUCAUUCACGUACUGUAUUUCUGUGGCAUACGAUUACAGUAAUGAAGUAUAUUUACAUCCAAAUCCAAAUACUAAUGAUGACACCAACAAUAAUGGAGUAGAUAAGAUAACUUCCAUUUCCAUAGAGUAUUUCUGGUUAUCCUAGGGACGAAGGUUGUGUGAUGCGUCUAUAAAUUUGGAAUCCACAGUGAGAAAUCCCAAAGCACAACUCUCACAUCCUCUGCUCUGCUGCGACAACCAAUGGGGGGAGGAAAUGGCCAGAAGUCCAAGAUGGCUCGUGAGAAGAACAUGCAAAAACAAAAAGGCCCUAAAGGAAGUCAGCUUGAUUCCAACAAAAAAGCCAUGACGAUCCAGUGCAAGGUGUGCAUGCAAACAUUCAUUUGCACAACAUCAGAAGUGAAGUGCAGGGAACAUGCAGAGGCCAAGCACCCCAAGUCUGAUGUGCACACAUGUUUCCCCCAUCUUAAGAAUUCAACCUGAUUUCUCUACUCUCUGUAAUUUUAUAGUUCUAAACUUGCCGGAUAGCGAUCCUUUAAUGCUAUAUAUGUAUAUGAUAUGUAAUUGCUAUUAUUGAUAUUCUUUCAAUAAACCCAGCUUCCACUGGGCUAUAGAUCUGCCUAGUUCAUGUUACAGAAGUUUUUCUUUUUAGAUGAACAGUCCCCGGACCUCUUUGAACUCAAAA